CUUGAAGGGACUUCGUGCUGCCUGGUCCAUGUACAAAGUGUAGAUAAGAUGGAAAGGUGUGAGGCUCUUCGAGGUUAUAGGUGAGGUGCCAAAUGCUUCACCGAAGGCGGGUGUUAUUGGUGGCCUGUUCACGAAGGUUCCUUUUGCGGCAUGACGAAGGCCCAAAACUUUUCUGCCCCUCGGUGGGGCAAAUUCGGUCCUGGGUGGCACCCCUGUCCAUUUCAGCCCUACGAGGCUCCGCUGAACAAAAAGUAGCAGUUCAACACCGUCUGAGGUGGCCCGGAGAGAUAUCAGGCCUGCUAAAGCUGGCAUUAUACGAAUUUGAAUAACACACCAGCGGUGCUGAACAAGCAUGCAGAAGCACGGAAAUAGUCUGUAACUCAAGGAUAGGAAGCUUGGAAUCAGAAC